CCGCCUCCUCCGCCCUCCCCCCUGCCCCUCCUCCCGCCGGAGAGAGCGAGCGAGAUGGCGGCCGCUGGGGCUCUGGCGAAGCACGAGCAGAUCCUGGUGCUCGAUCCGCCCACCGACCUCAAAUUCAAAGGUCCCUUUACAGAUGUAGUAACUACAAAUCUUAAACUACGAAAUCCAUCAGAUAGAAAAGUAUGCUUCAAAGUGAAGACCACAGCACCUCGUCGAUACUGUGUGAGGCCAAACAGUGGAAUUAUUGACCCAGGAUCAUCUGUAAUUGUUUCAGUAAUGCUGCAGCCUUUUGACUAUGACCCAAAUGAGAAGAGUAAACACAAGUUCAUGGUACAAACAACCUAUGCACCACCAAAUAUUACAGAUAUGGAGGCAGUGUGGAAAGAAGCGAAACCUGAUGAGUUGAUGGACUCCAAAUUGAGAUGUGUGUUUGAAAUGCCCAAUGAAAAUGAUAAACUGAAUGAUAUAGAUGCAAGCAAAUCUGCCCCAGUACUGAACACAUCUAAGCAGGAUGGACCGAUGCCAAAACCACAUAGUGUUUCACUUAAUGACACUGAAACAAGGAAGCUUGUGGAGGAGUGCAAAAGACUUCAGGCAGAGAUUAUGAAGCUGACAGAUGAAAAUCGGCACCUGAGAGAUGAAGGCUUGAGGCUCAGAAAGGUAGCGCACUCCGAUAAAUCUGGAUCACCCACAGCUUUGGCCCUCAGAGAUAAUGGCUCUAAUUCUCUUCCUUCACUUCUUGUUGUAAUUGCAGCCAUUUUCAUUGGAUUCUUUCUAGGGAAGUUCAUCUUGUAGAAAGAAUGAGUGAGAGAAGCAUGCAAAACUGCAGCUUCCUUUUUUUUUGUUUUGUUUUGUUGGGUUUUUUUGGUUUUUUUUUUGUUUUUUUUUUGUUUCCUUUUUUUUUUGUUUUGUUUUUUCAUUUUUUUUUUUGUUUUGUUUUGUUUUGUUUUGUUUUCUCUUGGCCAGAAAAAGGUUUGUUUACCUACCACAUCAUGGGUAGUACGGCCCGAGCGGCCGUUCUUGUGUACAGCAUCAUAACAGGCUUUGCCUUUAAUGAUCUCGCACGGUUAGAAAACACAAUCUGAAAAGACAAACUGUUCAGCUGCUGGACAAAAUUGUAUAUUCAGUCAUCAAUAGCAGGUAUCAGUUGCACAGUCAGUCCUUUAUGAAAAUUCAUAAAUAAAGAAUUGUUCUUUCUUUCUGUGGUUUUAAUAAGAAUUCGAAAAUUGUUCAGAGUCUUGUAAAUGUUAUUUUAAUAAUCCUUUAAAAUUUUAUCUGUUGCUGUUACCUCUUGACAAAUGAUUUAUUAGAUUGCUAAUCCCACUCAUUCAGGAAUAUGACAAGAGGUAUUCUGGGGGAAAUGGUGCCUCUUACUGUGUAAAUUUUCUCCUUACCUUACUUUGCUAAUAUCAUGGCAGAAUUUCUUUCUUAUUCCUUGUGAGGCAUUGUUGAGAGUUCUUCAUCCUUAACAGUCCUGUCCCAUAAUAUUUAACAUGACAAAAGAAAUAAAAUUGUUAACAGAUUUUUCUGCUGGGUAGCCUGUUUGUGUGUGUCGUGCUUUUAGAGGGGAUUCUUAACAAGUUCAUUGUUCAUGGUAAUUUGCUACUUGUAACAAAUGGCUAUUUUGAAGUUUAUUUGCUUAAGUCUCUGGCUUUGACUGUUGUAAUUGAAGCUUGGGAAAGAAAAAAAAAAAAGGUUUCCAUUCCAUUUGUUUAAAAAAAUGAACUGUUUUCUGGCUGCUUUCAGCUACAAAGAAGAUGGUUAUCAAACUUGUUUUGGGACAGAAUAAUUUGGAUAUCCAGCAGGUGCAAAUGCCAGACAUGAAUGUUUUCAAUAUAUUAACAAUUUGCUUGGAUUGUGCAGGAGUGUAAUAAUCAACCUUCUGUUCCAUCUUUGGAUCUUCUGGGUGUCUUCCAGGAGUCAACAUUAUUCUUUGAUUUCUUAAGGGUACUUAAUUCACAUAUAUUAACUUACUCAGUUUAUAAUUCUGUCUUAGCAGAUACUAAAAAAUGCAAGUUGAACAUUCAGACACCCAUAGUGAAUUUCAUGAUGCAGAAGAGUUGAUAUUUUCUGAGUUGCUCACCUUUGGGAAAUAAAAAGCAUUUUAUGCAACUCUUGGCAGAUCUACCUGUUUUAACCAUGUAUAGCUAAGUUUUAAAAAAUGCAUUUUUGGGGUCUGAAAUGCUUCCCUGCACUUAAUCUUACAUCUUGCCUCAUCUCUGAAUAUGUCAUAAAAACAAACAGUAGUAUUGAAACAAAAUAUUAUCUGUACUUCUGAGUAAGCAUAAUCCAAUACAGGGAAUUACUUGUAAACUUGAAAAAUUGUGGAAGAGGUAUACUCCUGUAAGCAAAAUUGUGUAUGCUCUUGGACAGCUUGACUUGAUGUGAUGCAGCUAAGUGUGUUAGACCUUGGUAUAUGCACACCUUAUGUAGCUGAGAAAAAUGUUCUGGGAAAGAUGUACGUUAUCUUGGUUGCCUUUGAUUUCUACUGCUUUUUUUUUUUUUAAUUACAUCAUGUUCUGUCAUAGCUCUCUGUGAUAAACUUUUUUUAUAAACUCUUGCACAUGUACAAGGAAGAUGAUGGAGAAAAUGCAAAUACUGCUUAUGUUUUCACUUAAGCAUGCAAGCACUGAUGUUUCCAAUUACUUGUUCCAGUGUCUGCAUUCAAGUCUCCUUCCAUCCCAGUGACUGGAAAAAACUCUGUUAAGGUUUUGAUUAUUUUGGUUCCGCUGGUUCAGAAUGGUGUAUUUCUUCUGAUUUUUUUCUCUAACAGAACAUUUCCACAUCAAACUUUCAUAGCCUGUUCCAAACUGAUUACGUGGAAAAUAACGAAAGCAAUAUUGUGCAGGAUGUAGUUUGCUUCAGAUAGAGCAGUCAUUCCUGCAUUGAAGGGAGAAAAACCACACAAAACACUCUGGAAGAUCUUAAAAUGUUUACAGCAUGGUGUGUGGAGGUUUUCAAAGGUGCUAGCACUUAGAGGACUUAAAACCAGAAAAAAAAGUCAUUGCUCAAUGCAACUGACUCAGGUUUUGAUACCUGGCAGCAGAAUAUGGUUAAAGUAAUGAUAAAAUCAGAGUGAAAUAACUUUUUUUCAUAAAUAAGAAAAAAGUUGAUGGUAAAACUUUGGUCGUGGUUUAAGUGAUGCUUUCAAGUGUACAGCGCUCUUGUAACCGGAGUUCUCAGUAAUGCUCUAAGGAGACUGUCUUGGUUUCCCGUAAUCCCUUCAUAGCUGUAUAUAAAAUGUAAUGCUAAAACUAUUUUGCUCUCAGGAGUCACUUUGGAUGAGAUCAGCUGUAUUCAGUGAAUUAUGUAAUAUGGAUUAAAUUGUUUGUCUUUGUUCCUGAAAUGGUUAGAACUUCUUGCUUUGUCUGCCUGCUUACUCGUGUAUGUAAGCACAGGGAAAUACAGUCUCUUCACCUGCUCCUGGUGAGAUGAGCAGACCAUGAUGCCCAUAAAGUUGUGUCAGGGUAAAUGCCUAAUUUCAGUUAAAUAUAUGUUGCAGGUUGCUCUUCUGAUUUCUGAAAAGGGCAAGAUGAUACAAGUAUACAAUAGCAAAGUAGUUAUUUAAAAAUUUUUACGAAUAUAGCACUUUAAAAAAGAGUAGUAUGGUUCAGGGGGAAAAAAAAAUAAACAUAGCUAACUAGAAGAUACAGCUGCUGUAGUAACUCUGGGCACCAAAUUUAACCCACUUUUAAAAAAAUCUAUAAAGUUCAUUUAAGGAAAAGUUAUUUGUAUCAAUGCACAAGUUAUUUGUGUGUUUCUACUCAUUCUCUAAAAGCUGUUGACAGACACUAUUGCCCAGGCUUGCAUGUUUCUGCUGCUAUGUUUGAAGCCAACUUACUUAAAAGAAGCAACCAAACAUCAGCUUGUAACUUCAUUAUCCUCCUGGGAGGAGGGAGGGUGGAGGGAGGAGUUGAAAGGUGACAUUUUGCCAAAGGGGAAAAGACAAAGUCAAUAAGCAAAACUUAUCUUUCAGGCCUUCUUCAAAGUUAUUAAAGGUUGAAGUGUUAAUAAACUAUUAAAAAUGUA